AUGCAACCUCAUGUUGAAAAUCUGGUAUGUUAUAUAUACAUAAUAUUAUGUGAAUAUAGUUAUAUUAAAAUUUGAGCGCUUAAUUAUAAUAUAAAUUACAUUUACAAGCAAUUUUUGAAAUCAAAUAGGUAGAUUGAAGCAAUCUACAAGUUCAUCAAAAACAUAAUUUUUAUAGAAAUGCUCUUACUGUAUGAAUGUCGACGCCCUCUCCACAGACUGCUACAAUGACCCCCUGAAAUGUUGGCACACUCAACCGGAAGACCUUCUCUACUGUCUAACAUCAAUAGAAUAUCGAUCAAACAUGGCGUUAAAGUCCCGCCGAUGUGUUGCCCAACCCACCUUCCCCAUGGAUAAGCAUAUCCUCCAAAUGGCUAUGCAGCAGCGCCCUGUGUGCGAUUUCCAGUCGGCGCAAGCCUGCAACUGCACGAAUUGUGUGGCCCCACCGCCAACUACACCUAGACCUUUCAGACCACAAUAUCCACCGCCCAGAUUAUGUGAGUUUUUUAUUUAUUUUUUUAUUUUUUCGCAUUUUUUCGCAUAAUUUUUAUUUUUUUAUUUUUUUCGUUUCAAUUUUUGCACAUUGCGGAGAAAAAAUAAGGGAAAGUUAGGCUUGCACUGUGCAAGUAGACAAAUUUUUUUUCAGUGUGCGGACGGAAACAAAAUUUUUUUUUUUUUGCAUUGUGCAAGGAAAAAAUUGUCACUUGCACAGUGCGAAGCACGGGAAAAAUGAAAAAUUCACCUUGCGUUGUGCAAAAAAAACCAACUUCUUAGAAACAUGCAAAAAUUAAAAGUAGUAUGUUUAAUUUUUUGAUUUUUUUCGAACACUAUUUUUCAAACCUUUCGCAGAGUGCGCAGAAAUUUAUUUUUUGCACUGUGCAAAGCCUAAAAUAGGCUAAAGUCGGCCUUGCACAGUGCAGUAAAUUCCUCUUUUUGUACAAUGCAAGAAUUGAGCUGUUUUAUGACUCUGCUUUAAAGAGAAACCUCUGGAAACAAAAUCUUAGCCUACUAGAAACUAAAUUUCAUUAUUUUUCUCAUUUUAUUUUGCAAUAAACUGCAACAUUUACCCAAUUACAGCUUCCAUACCCCUUUGAAUCCAGUUUUUUCUCAAUUUUAUAACGUGUAGACGGACCAAUAAAUUUUUGGGAACACCAAUUAAUCUUGGUUGUUUCAGCACCCCCACCCCGGAACCGUCCCAAAACUUUGGCCAUUAAUUUGGGUCGUAAAGGAGACAAAUAUCUGAUGCCCAAGAAGCACGAGCCCGUCGAAAAGGCCCAUAAACUUCGCGCACUCUCAUCGCAAUCGUCGUCAUCGGCCGUCUUCCAAUUGAGCUUGGCCUCAAUUUGUGGGGCGGUUAUUUUGAAAAUGGUUUUCUAA